AUGGCUCAGGAGAUCGCGCCUUCUUUCUCAUUCACAACUCUGCAGCAACAGCAGCAGCACCUUGCGUUCCUGCGAGCUGACGAAGCCGCGCUUCAACAGAAGGCGACGCAUGAAGUUGAGCAGUACGACAGACAUGUGGCGCUCCUGAAGAACUUCUUCCUCCACUUUGUGGACGAGUUUGCCUCGCAAGGAAAGAACAGGGAUAACGUCAACUCCACGCACGGCGACUACAAAUACCGAAACCUGCUCCAAGCUGUUCACGAUGAGCGCCGCGACGACCUGCCCGUCUAUUUGGACGACGUUCGCGAGUUUUUCACGACGCAGCAGCCGGAGGACGCCGCGCUUGGCGAAGGCGACGAGUUCAGUGGCAAGGACAAGAAUCCGAGUUUGACGGUGUACGAGGCGCUGCUCACUAACACGAAUCGCUACAUCGAGCUCCUCUACCAAGCCGCAGACGCCGUUCUCACGCAGGAGCCCGACCUGUUUGAGACUGAACAGGUCGAGGAAGAAGACGGCGAAGAGGAGGCGCACUUCCUCAAGGGCGACAGCGAAGCCUGGACGAACCAACUCAAAAACCGCAUGCGCAAGAGGGACCCCUGGAGAAAAAUCAGGGAACGUGACAUGGCGGCGCGGAAAGUUCCAGCCUUCCUCCGAUGCGGCUUCCGCAUCUGUGUGUACCCGCCUGCGCGCGAAGGCUGUCGGCUCUUCCGCAGCGUUGACGCGAGCAGCAUGGGAAAGUACUCCUUCUUCACCUGUGAAGUUCUGCGCGUCCAGCAAGUCAAGCCGAAGCUCCUCGUCGCGGCGUACGAGUGCGAAGAGUGCCACGAGAAAGUCUUCCAACCCGUUGAGGCGAGCGCCUUCAUGCCGCUGGUGACUUGUCCGCUGUGCAAAAACAGCCGCAACCGCGAGUGCACGUUGCAUCUCCACCCGAAGCUUAGUUUUUUUCUGCCUUUCCAAGAAGUGAAGGUGCAGGAGCCGACCUCGCAGAUCCCCGAGGCUGACGUCCCGCGCACGCUCAACUGUCACCUCAUCGGGCACGCCGUGACCAACAUCCUCCAACCUGGCAUGACGGUCACGCUGGGCGGUAUUUUGAAGCCGGUGCGCAAGAUGGGAUUCGCGGCGCUGCGGUCGGGGCUGAUUCAAGAGAAGGUGUUUGAGGUCGCCUUUAUUCAGCAGCAGAAGCAGCAGACGCACCUCGACCGACGCGAGAGUGCGUAUGUCAGCGCGCAGGUUGAGAAGCUGCGGCAGACGACCGGUUUGUACGAUUUACUCGCGCGCAGCAUCGCUCCGGGGGUCUACGGCAUGGAGGACGUGAAGAAGGCGCUGCUGCUGCAGCUGAUUGGCGGCAAGACCGUCGUGAAGGAGGACGGCGGCAUGAUUCGCGGCGACAUCCACGUGCUGCUCAUGGGCGACCCCGGUGUGGCGAAGAGUCAGCUCAUGAAGCAAAUCUGCACCAUUGCGCCGCGCUCCAUCUACACGACUGGGAAAGGCAGCAGCAGCAGCGGCCUGACCGCCGCCGUCAUCAAGGACCCCGCCACCAUGGAAACCACCCUCGAGGGCGGCGCCCUCGUCCUUGCCGACAGAGGCAUCUGCUGCAUUGAUGAAUUUGACAAGAUGGACGAUUUCGACCGGUCGGCGAUUUACGAGGUCAUGGAGCAGCAGUCGGUCUCCAUCGCCAAGGCUGGGCACUGCAGCUGCCUGCCGGCGCGCACCGCUGUGCUCGCGGCGGCGAAUCCGAAGGAUGGAAGAUACGACGUGAGAAAGCCCAUGAUGGUGAACAUGAACCUUCCAGCUGCGCUGCUCUCUCGGUUUGAUCUGCAGUUUUUGCUGCUGGAUCAGGCCGACCGCGAGCGCGACACGCUCAUGGCUGCACAUAUUUUGGGCAUAUACCGAUCUUGCCAGUCUGGCGAGGCGGCCAGCAAGGAGCGCGAGGAGAAGGCGAAGACGCCGGCUAAGAGCAAGAAGAAGGGCAAGAGAAGCGACGGUGCCGAGUCCGCGAACUCGCUGGUCGAGAAGAAAGUUCUCCGCGCCUUCAUCGAGGAAGCGAAAAAGUGCAAGCCUGUGCUCGAAGAGUCGCUGAUUCCGCAGAUCGCGGACUGGUACGCGAACACGCGGUACGACGAGCAGCAGCAGGAAAGGCUUUCAGGCAUUCUGCCGUCCUACACAACCCCCCGCGCACUCCUUGGCAUCUUGCGGCUCGCUCAGGCGCUCGCGUGCCUGCGGUUUAGCGAGUGGGUCGAGGCGCCGGACUUUGAAGAGGCGCUGCGGCUGAUGGAGGCUUCAAAGGAGAGUGUGCGCAUCGCCGAAGAAGGACGGCGAAGAAAGAAGCAAGAUCGCGCUUCUCUCGCCUUCGAACUCCUCAAGAACCUGAGGACGCGCACGCAGCAGAAGAAGGGAGCGAAGUGGGAUGGCUGGAUGAAGCUCUCGGCGCUCCAGCAGCAAGCCACCGCGGCGGGCCUGGCGAAUGAGCAGCUCGAGUCUGCGCUGCGCCAGUACGAGGAGUUGACACUCAUCACCUUCGAUCGCACCAAGACCAAGGUGGCCUUCGUGGAGGAGGCGGGAAGCGAGAACUCGGAUGAAGACGACGACGAGAUGAUGGCGUGA